AUGUCUUCCCAAAGCGAAGAUGAUGCUGUGAUUAUUGACCGCGACGAUGUCAGCAACUACAAUCCCGAACAAAUUCUCCCCGAGUCUCCCGAAGUUAUCCAGAAACUCAGAGUUUGGCUGAAACCCACUUCAUACGACUUCGGAAGCAGCGAGUACCGCAAGCAUCUUGGUUCGCACAUCCCAGGCACAGGAGACUGGCUGACGGCCAGUCAUUCGUACAAGCAAUGGCUACAAAGCGAAGAUACCGGUCUGCUAUGGGUCAAAGGGAUCCCAGGGUCUGGAAAGUCGGUGUUGGCUUCGAAGAUCAUCAAGGAACUCUCGGAUAACAACGAUGGGAGUCCGGUACUGUACUUUUUCUUUCGACAAAUCAUUGACGCGAAUCAUGAACCGGCUGCACUCCUCAGGGACUGGCUGGACCAGGUCUUGGCAUACAGCCCACCACUCCAGAAGCGUUUGAAAGAGUAUGUGGUGAAGGAGAAGUUCAGCGACAAAACUCGAUUACUUGCCACCAUGUCGAUGCAAGACUUGUGGGACGAUCUUCGACUGGCAUUUUCGGGACUGCCUGGUAGAGUCUACUGCAUUGCUGAUGCUCUCGACGAGAUGGAUCGUGGCAACGAUAUCUUUCUACAGGAACUAGCCAAGCUUGGCAACUGGAACCCUUCGAAAGUGAAAGUUCUCAUCACAAGUCGUCCGGUCCCCGCCGUUGAGGGUCCUCUCCGACAUGCCAAAUGCAAUCAGAUUCGUCUUCAAGAGAACGUAGUCGAUGCCGACAUUUCGACAUUUGUGCGACAGGCACUGAAUGUUUCAGAUAUCUCCGACCAUGAUCGACAACUCAUCCAGGCGGCCAUUCCAGGUCGGGCCAAUGGCCUCUUCCUCUAUGCCAAGUUGGCCAUGGACUCUUUCCUCGAGGCAGGGGCCGAUGUCAAGGCAGUUCUCGCCUCCUUGCCAGCCGACAUGAACCAGAUGUACACCGACUUGCUCAACGAACACUCCCGCAGAUCAAGAGUGCCCGACGCGAUUCAACGUCUGAUUCUGCAGUGGGUUACCCAUGCGACCCGUCCGCUCAGGCUCCUCGAGAUAGCUGAGAUGAUUGACGUCACCUACAACAAUGUGGCUCAUGAUUUGAGGGGCACUAAAGACCUUGUUAGGGCUGCGUGUGGCCCUCUCUUGGAAAUCUUGCCGGACGAGACCGUCUGUGUGAUCCAUCAUUCCUUCACAGAGUACCUCAAGGGCACGACCAGAUCAUCAUAUGAUGACGGCUACCCGGUACUUCGCUGUGGAGACACGCAUGCUUGCCUCGGCUCAGCAUGUCUGGCGUAUCUUCUCUCCGGGGUCUUCGGCGAAGGCAAAGAAGCACAAGACACUCCACUUGUCAAACUGAAGCUCAGAUAUCCAUUUCUAGCUUAUGCGUUGGAUAACUGGCAUGUCCAUGUUGCUAGAUCAACAGCCACAGGCCAUGAUCAGACCGGAAUCAAUGUGGCACUGGACCAACUAAUGCGUGACCCUGAUUCUCAGGACAUUUGGACUAAACUUCAGUUUUUCACAAUCGGUAAUGCGAAAUCUGGCACAACGCCCCUCCACAUCGCCGCAAUGCAUGGGCUCACUGCAUACGCAAAACAUCUUCUUUUGUCUCCCGAGACUGAGAUUGACGCGGUGGACGUUCACGGAAUGACUCCCUUAUGGUGGGCUGCUACAAAUGGGAUGGCCGGCGUUAUUCGGGUCCUCAUAGACGCUGGUGCAAAUCCCGAUCAUGAUGAGACUGGUAGUGGUCGCAAGCCGUUGCACGAGGCCGCCUCCAAAAACCACCCCGAGGUCGUCAAAGUCCUCCUAAGCGCUGGUGUAAACCCCUUGACUGAGAAGACAAGGGAAAACCCUGGGCGUCGGUGUGGAAACGCACCUCGAUCGAUCGGGCAUACACCCCUGAUGUAUGCUUGCCAAAACGGUCAUCUGGAGGUAUUGGAGGCAUUUUUGCCUUUUCUCAAAGAUGAAGAAUCCCUCCAUCGAGCCCUUGCCUGGUCCGCUGGAUCGGGCCGGCACGAUUUAGUCCAACGAAUCCUCCAACUUCCUGAGGUUGAUAUCAAUCGCAAGGUCCAUGGCGGAACCCCUCUGUACAUGGCAAGCCAGAGCGCUCAAAUCAAGACCAUCGAGCUUCUCCUCAAUGAAGGAGCGGACCCAACAAUCCGAUGUGAGUUUUAUGACGAAUUUGCUGGGAUGGGCCGCAUGAGAAUGUUCCUGCCUCGUGAUGAGACCGAUCGGAAUCGAAUUGUUGGAACCACACCUUUGUACGCCGCUCUCGAACAGUGCCGCAGAGGAAAUUCUCUAAAGGCGGAGCCAGAUAAGCUCAAGAGCCUGCUAGAGUUAUUCAUAGAGAAGGGGGCCGACAUUAACGAUCGAUCUCCUUCUGGUGAUUCUCUGCUGCACAUAACAACCAGCAAUCCCGUAUGGCUGAGAAUUCUGCUUGAUGCGGGCGUCGAUGUCAAUGCCGUCAAUAGCGAUGGAUGCACUGCCCUUCACGGGAAGAUGAUGGCAGAGUCUCUGUCUCUUCUCGUAGAGACCGGUAAGGCCGACAUCAAUAGGAAGGCCACUUCUAAUGGGAAAACGCCGCUUCUCAUUUCGCUUGACGACUAUCACACAGACACGACCCUCAAGCUCAUCGAGUACGGCGCAGACUGCACCAUGGUUGAUAAAGACGGCAAUGGGCCUCUGCAUAUUGCCUUGCAAUCCUACAGCGCAGAACCCGAAGUCAUAGAAGCACUCUUACGCGCUGGCGCAGACCUGACUUUGAGAAAUAAAUCUGGACAAACGCCCUUGGACGCCAUGUUCUCUCGGAACUCACGAGUCUUCGACUUGUUGGACGUGAUGAUUCAAGCCGGCGUGGAUAUCAAUACAAGAGACAAGAAUGGCGCAACAAUUCUCUUUCAGGCUGUCUCAGGGAAGGCCUCCAGCUCAGAGACUGAACUGCAAGACACGAUCAUGAAGCUCCUGGACAGGGGUGCCUUAUUGAAAACUCGAGACUUUGAGGGGAGGACCCUUCUACACGAGGUAGUCAAGUCACAGAAAGGGCCUCGGGCUUCUUUUAGUCGACAGGAGCCUGUUCCUUCCACCUUGGAUUUCCUCGUCAGUCUAGGUCUGGACAUUCAAGACACAGAUUACCAAGGCAACAAUUUGAUUCACGAGUUAUGCUGGCGAAUCAAUACCGAUUACAGAUCCGAGGACAUGAUCUAUAUGCUGAGGGGGCUGCUCAACUUGGGCCUCGACGUCAAUCAACCCAAUAGUCGUGGUCGAACACCACUUCAUCGACUAUGUAUUAAGGCCGACAGUGGUCACAUCGACAAGGACGAGACCUGCCUUUCACUGAUUGUAUCUCUUACGAAAGACAUCAAUGUCCGCGACAGGGACGGCAUUGCCCCGUUGCACCUAGCCGUAACGGUGUCAGAGGACCUCACGAAGAAGCUGCUUGAUGCCGGUGCGGACCCUACGAUCGAGACAUACGAAGGAUUGACACCGCUUCACCUUGCUGCUAGAUGUCGGCAGGGCAAUAUUGUUGGUAUGCUUCUUGACGCUCUUCACAAUCGAGGUUUGGACAAACCACUUGACGGUCCGAUGUGGCGAGGAGCCUGGCUGAAAGCGGCGAGUGCAAGCCCAAUCCAUGGAGUCAACGCCACAGCCAACGGCUACGUAAAUGGGUGCGAAUGCACACCGCUCUACUAUGCUGCUCUUUCAGGGAGACCAGAGAUAGUGUCAAUGUUGUUCGCCGCAGGAGCCAAUGUCAAGGGGGUGAAUUUGCGGCCUGCGAUUACCGGAUUCGAGGAUGAGCUCGAACUAUGGCGUAUGAAAUUACCUCAUGACAAGGAGAAUGGAGCGUGUGGGGGUCUUACGAAGGAAGAUGCCACACGGCCGUAUUCGAGUAAUGGGCGCAACGGCAGGAAUAACCUCGAUCCCCUCGAGGACACGGCAAGAUUGGAAGAGAUUAUAGAGAUGGUCUUGGAACACGGCGCUGAUCUGACCCAGCAGAAUCUCUGGGGCACGUUUGACACAGCAUACGGUUCUCUAACCGACACAACCACUUCCGGCUGUCGAGACUAUGCGCUCAAGUGCCUAUCAGGUGCAGCCAAGAAGCACUCGUUGAAGAGCUCGCAGGCAGCAUCACAUCUUGGCCAGAGAUUGCCUACCUAUGACGAGAUACUCAUCCCUCACCGUCGCGACGCCGUUUUCAAGGCACUCCGUGAGCCUGGAGUCAUCGUACCAGGCCAAGCAAACGAGGCUUUGUUCAUCACGCGACUUAGACGUCGCGAGUACGAUGUCAUGGAAGAGUUGUUCAACCUGGGCGUGGACUUUCUGGCCCCUCACCAGAUCAGUGGGCUUACCAACUUGGAGAUCCUCGUCAGAGGAGGUUUCGAUUGUCUUGUCAAUCGCAUUGGCUUGCUCGUGUCGCAAGCACAGGUUGAAAAGGGCAGUUGGCCCGCUCCAGUUGAUGGGAUGCAACCUGGAUUUGGCCACAAUAAGACAUCAACCCACGACGUGCCAGACCGCAGCGGCAAAGAAUCUCGUCCGGAAUUUCUGUUGGAGGCAGUCCAUCAGGCGGUUCCCGUGUUCGGUAUGGUACGUCUCCUCGUAGAGACCUUUGGCGUUGAUAUCAAUGAAGAUGGUGUCCUUCACUCGCUUGCCAAAGGCUAUCACUGGUGGCAUGUCGCCCAAGCUUUACCGUACCUACUCAGUAAAGGUGCAAACCUCGAAACUAGAAACUCAAGAGGGCAGACACCACUUCAUGUAGCCUUGGGCACGGAAGAUGGCGUCGGAAUAUUCCACGUGGAUGCCGCUCAUCAGUUGAUCCUGAGUGGAGCAGAUGUUAACGCUGUGGACAAGGCUGGACGAAGCUGUCUUUCUUAUGCAGGGCACGAUGUCAACCUUACUCGUUUUCUGGUGAAGCACGGCGCGAUCGUUCACGCGGAUGCGAUCUUUGGUGCUAUCAACAAGAUGCAACCAGGAGUGCUAGAUGCUCUCUUGUCUGCCGGGGGCGAUGCCAACAUCCGGAUCGAGAAGAACGACAAAGAACCAUGGGAGCGCGGAACCAAUCGGUGGGACCUGAGCAAGCUCCCAGACGCCGAAUGGUACCCCUUACAUCGCGUUGCAGCGAAAUCUGGUAACAAGACUUAUGACCAGAAGGAGAGAACCAAGCUUCACUCAUCAGCUCUUAGCUUGAUCGAAGUCCUGUUGUCCCACGGAGCCGACCCACUGUCCACCUUUUCAAGAUGCUCUGGUCAAUACUGCUACCAUCAAAAGAUUUACUCCCGGCUGCGAGCUAAAGGUUUGUCGUACAUGUUUGACGAAGCGCCUGAUAGUUAUGACGCUGUGGGUGACCCAGACUACUCUUUUGAGCCGCACCUCCAUGAGGACUGUGUCGUUCUACACCAGCUCUUAGCUGAUGGACACAUCGUGCAUCCUUUCUUGAGGCUGCCGGCGAUCGACGCAAACCAUCGUGACGGUAGUGGUCGAACUCUUCUCCAUGCUGCUUGCUCCUCUAGACGGGGUCCCGAUGUGCCCUUGGACUUACUACCAGGAGAUCCAUGGGACCCCCAGACAUCGAAAGAGGUAUCGGUCUUCGACCAUCUCGUCUCCCUCGGCGCCGAUGUGGAAGCGCGAGACAGCCACAGGCAAAACAUACUUCACCACAUGCUGAGCCCUCCUUCAAAGCACAUUUACGAGACACCAAUCAUCGAGAAGUCACUCACCUACACGAUAGAGAAGCACCCAUCGAUUAUCGAUCAAAGAGACAAUGAGGGGAAGACGCCGCUGUACCUAGCCAUCUACCGAGCUCUGUACGAAAAGAGGACGACAGCCGCGGACACACUUCUCAGAGCCGGAGCGGACCCCCUCAUUCCAGACAACGAAGGCAACACUGUACUGCACGUCCUCUCUCGCAUGCUUUGGGUCUCCUCUAUGCGGCCGUUGUUCAACACCCUCGUCGAGCGCGGAUGCGACGUCAACGCUCGCAAUUCAAAGGGCGAGACGCCGCUGUUCUGGUACUACGCGGGGUUCGAGGAAAAGCAGUAUGGGUUUUACACGUACAAUCGUGAUCCGCAAUUGUACGACGAAGAGGGCGGGAUCGGAGCGUUCGAGGCGGCGGGCGCGGACUUUGGGGCGGUAGAUGACGAUGGACGGAGCUUGUUACACGUUGCGGCGGAGGGCCAUGUUCUUCGGUUCAAGACACUGACAGCGAGGGGACUGGAUCCUUUGUUGGAGGACAAGAGCAGGAAGACGGCGGUCGAUGUCGCGGCUGCGUGUGGGAACAAGGGGGUGUUGAAGCUGUUCAGGCGGGUCGAUGCUGUGGAUGAUUCGGAGGAGGAGGACGAUGAUGAGUCGCUUGAUCUGAACGAUGUUUUUUGGCCUCGUUGA